AUUCCAGAAUUCCCACUUCCUGUGUUUACAAGCGAGUGUUGCUGAGUGGUCUCGGUGGUUGUGUUUACAACAUGUUUGACGUAGCACUCGGAAACGCUGGGGCACAGAUUCUGUUAGCUUCGUCAAGUGAUGACAAACAUCCUCCAGAAAAUGUCAUCGACGGGAAUCCAGAGACCUUUUGGACAACAACAGGAAUGUUCCCUCAGGAAUUCAUAGUAAAGUUUUCAUCAGUCAUGAAUAUGACUAGACUUAGCUUCUCUAGUUUCAAUGUCAAAAAGAUGGUCAUUGAAACUACUGAAUCAGAAUCUCCGGAGAAGUUUGAAGUAAUCCUUGAAAAAGAGUUGGAGUCGACAGAUCACCAGCUUCAAAAUGAGGAGUUCCCAAUGAACAACAAACGAGCUCAGUGUAUGCGGGUUGUCAUUGAAUCUGGCUAUGACCACUUUGUGUCAGUACACAAACUACACGUUGAAGGAAGUGCUCUACAUGGUUGAUAGCAAGUGGUUCCUGCACAGACUUUCACAUUCCGUCCAUCAUGUGUACAAAUUUUAUGUCAUAAUAAAUAAUUAACAAAUAAAUGGUUGUGUUUUGUAA